AUGGUAACCACACCUGUCACGACAGUCGGCGGGUUGGCUGCGGACAACCGCAAAACACCCGCGGAACGCCCUCUGACCUGUGGCUCGUCUCAUAAUCUCCUUUGUCCUUGUGACGUCAUCUCUGUCUGAUUUCCGCCCUUUGUUCUCUUGUCCUUGGCUUUUUUUGCUCAUAAAAAAAGUCUGUUUUGGCGCGCAUUUGCUCUUUUCUCGAAGUUUGUUCUGACGUGAAAAUUUGAAGUUUUUACAAGGGCAAAAGGUCACCGUCUUUUGGAGAUUUUAUUCAUUUUUUUCGAGGGAUUCAAACUCAAAAAUUUGAAGUUCUUCUUUAUCUUUAUAAAGUCAUGUAAAACUUCCAAUGGAAAAUUUUUGCGGAGAGUUUUCUUUUUUGGAAGCUGCAAUUUUCAACUUUCAUUUCACCUGUACCUUAACUAAAAAAAUUUUUGAGCGCUCAAAGUCUAAAAAUCGCUGACUUGUAUCCUCUUUUUUGCAGCUUUUUUUUCAUCUUUCCAAAAAUUCAUACUUUCUGAAAUUUUUCGCCGAUUUUUAUAGUUCUCCGCAAGUUUCUGACAAUGAACUUACUAAUUAUGUCAAUAUCAAUAUUUUUCCCAUUUUCCACUGAACUUCUAUAGUUUUCAACGAAACUUCUGAUAACCAGUCUUAUCUCAAAUUUUCCCUUGUACUUGCGGAAUCUUUCUUUGACAUUGCGCUUUUGGCACCUCCGCAUAAGCCUCUUAUAUUCUUAGAAGCGCCGCCGACGUAUCUGAUUACUUUUGGCCCCUCAUCGCCAUUCCAUUGUAAUUCUGACCCCCUAUUGUUCUUCUCUCGUAUUACUUCAUGCCUCAGAGAGAUUUAGAGUUCAAAAAGCUUCAUUUUUAUCAUUUCUCUGAAAAAUAAAUCUCUCUUUUUCAGAAAGGACGACCCAAAACGACGGCCGUCGAUCACAUCGAACUCAGCGAGAAGCUGAACCGGCUCACGAGCAGCAGCUCAAUUGGAUCGAGUCUACCGUCUUUGAGGUAUCAUUUCAUUUCGUCUUUUUUGCUCUUUUCAGUCUAAUAUCAUAGCUAUUCCACUGCUUCAAAAAAAUAUUUUUCAUUCCACAUAAAAAUUUUCAAAGAAUUUUGGAUAUCUUCACUGUUUCUCGGCAGUUUCUUCAAUCACAAAGAUAAAAAAAAAGUUGUUUCCAUUCCUCCGUGUGUUCAUUUCCGAUGAUUUCAAGUUUUUGUGAGAAUCUGUACUUUCAAAACAGGAACAUAGAAUAAUUGGAGUUUUCAAAGCUCAUUUUUUGAUGUUGUGAAAAAAUUUACGCAAUUUUUCGAUUUUCAUUAUCAUCCUCAUUUUAUUUAUUUUCUAGUUCAACUUAUUUUCUCAUAACCAAGUUUUCUCUAGCUCACUACACUCCACUUCAUCGGCUAGCACAAUGCCAUCAGCAAAAAUUGCCGACGGUAGCUGCAUCAGCCUUCCCGCCCUCAAAACUCCUUCAUUUCGUGAGUUUCACUUCUUCUUUUCUUUUUUAAACGCCGAUGAAAAAAAAAGUUUCAAAUCGUUCGUUUUUAGAAAAAACGGAUGAAGAUCGACAACGUGACGUUGUCCGGUAUCGGGAGAUGCUCCAGAAGAGGGCGGAGCUGGAGGAGACGCUCAUCGAGAGACUGACCGAACUAAAGGCGAUUUGUGUUCAAGAAGGGGUUGAAACGGUUUCAAGAUAUUUGAUGAUAUUUUUGAUUUAUUAGGAAUUGACUGGAGCGAUGCCGGACGAGAUGCAGAAUGCGUUGAUGCCUGGAGAAGACGUGCCGAGGUUGAAAAGACGCGUUGGAACGUCUUUCUCAAUUCCCGAAGAGCUGAUCCGAGCUGAUAAGGUGAGCAAAAAAUUAAUAGAACUAGAACUUUUUAGUCUGAGUUUAUUUUAAUCUGGUAG